UAGAGCAUUGGUGACAGACUUGUUAGCCACAAAACAGAGAGCACAAAACCAUGGUGUCUCCAAUCAUACCCCUGUCACUUUUAGUCCUCCUUCUAUCAGUUUCAUUGGCUAUUUCAGCUUCACUUGAACAGAGUUUUGUCCAAUGUCUCAAAUUGAAUUCAGGAACAAAAUCUUCACCUGAUUCAUUAAUUUACAGUCCAAGCAACCCUUCAUUCACCAGCAUCCUUGAUUCAACCGGACAGAACCUAAGAUGUUUGGUGCCUUCAGCACCAAAACCUGAGUUUAUAUUAACCCCCGACAGUGAUUCUCUUGUCCAAGCAGCAGUAAUUUGCUCGAAGAAACUUGGGAUACACUUCAUUGUGAGAAGUGGAGGCCAUGACUACGAGGGAAUCUCUUAUGUUUCAGAAAUUGAGACCCCCUUCAUAAUUAUUGACCUGGUCAAGCUCCGUGGCAUCAAUGUUGAUAUCAAAAGCAACACCGCUUGGGUUCAAGCUGGUGCCACGACUGGUGAACUGUACUACAGAAUAUAUGAGAAGAGUUCCAUUCAUGGUUUCCCUGCAGGCCUUUGCACAAGCUUAGGCAUUGGAGGGCACAUUACAGGAGGAGCAUAUGGAAGCAUGAUGAGAAAGUAUGGCCUUGGGGUGGAUAAUGUCAUAGAUGCUAAAAUUGUUGAUGCCAAUGGCAGAAUUCUUGACAGGAAAGCCAUGGGAGAAGACCUGUUUUGGGCAAUAAGAGGAGGUGGAGGUGGAAGCUUUGGGAUCCUUCUUUGGUGGAAGGUAAAGCUGGUUCCUGUGCCACCAACUGUGACUGUUUUUACAGUUACCAAGAGCCUUGAACAAGGUGCAACCAAGAUUCUUCACAGAUGGCAGGAAGUGGCUCCUUAUAUUGAUGAAAACCUGUUCAUCAGAGUCAUCAUUCAGCCAUCCAGUGCUGCAAAUAAGACUCAGAGGACUGUCACAACUUCUUACAAUGCUCUCUUCCUUGGUGGGGCAAGGACACUCCUCCAAAUUAUGAAGAAAAGCUUCCCUGAGUUGGGUUUGACAAGAAAGGAUUGCUUGGAAACUAGCUGGAUCAAAUCUGUGCUUUAUGUUGCGGGCUUUCCAAGUGGCACCCCUCCUGAAGUACUUCUCAAAGGAAAGCCAACAUUCAAGAACUUCUUCAAGGCCAAAUCAGAUUUUGUGAGAAAACCAAUCCCAGAAACGGGUCUUGAAGGGCUGUGGCAAAGGUUGCUGAUAGAAGAUAGCCCCUUGAUGAUUUGGAAUCCGUAUGGUGGAAAGAUGAGCCAGUUUUCAGAAUCUGACACCCCGUUUCCUCACAGAAAUGGAACACUGUAUAAAAUUCAGUACCUGACUUUGUGGGAAAAGGGAGACAAGAAUCCUGCAAAGCACAUAGAUUGGAUUAGGAAACUUUACAACUUCAUGGGUCUUUAUGUUUCUAGCUUUCCAAGGGAAGCAUAUGUGAAUUACAGGGACCUUGAUUUGGGAGAAAACACCAAGAACAGCAGGACCUACGAAAAGGCACGUUCUUGGGGCUAUAGUUAUUACAAGAACAACUUCGAAAAAUUGGUAAGGAUUAAGACCCAAGUGGAUCCUCAAAACGUCUUCAGGCAUGAGCAGAGUAUCCCAACUCAUCGAUUCUGAUCGCAAAAACCCAAAAAUGGGAAAAAAGGCUUUGUUAUGCUACAUACUGUGGUAUCCAUAAAUUUGUGAGAGGGUUAAUAACUUAACGUGCUAGUUUAUAGAAAGGAGAUAUAAUACAAUUAUAUUAGUUGCUUUGGUUUUGGCCAUGUUAAAGUUGUGAGACCAGAUCUGUGGCUUUCUGAUUUGUGUAUUUCAGUAUACUAUGUCCGAGUGUAUGAAGUGUUUUUUCUCUUGAAUGCCAAAAUAAGUUCUUUGAUAAAGAAACCGAAGUUUUCUCAC